AUGUCUGAUACCAGUCGUGUCUGCGAUCGAUGCAUUAGGUUCGUUACUAGUGAUCUACAACGUCCAUGUUGCUCCCGCUGUCUAGAAGGCAAUCACUCAUGUACGUAUUCAACGCGGAAGCGAAAGCCGGGACCACCGCGAGGUUCUCGGCCACGACUUCGUAACAUUUCAGCUGAAAACCAGAGGGUCGGCAACCCAUCGAACCAACAAGUGAAUGAUGACGGCUUAAUGCCUAUAACAUACCUGCAGCCGCGUGCCCAACUAGAAAAUCCAGUAAUCGGCGAUAAUGUUUCCAUGCAGUUUGCAUCAUGUCUUCAUCGGGCCGGCCCGAGCUUCUUACCACAUGCAUCUAUGACUCUACCUGCACUAGCUCUCCCUUACUUCCCCGGCUAUUAUUUGGACCGCUCUCAAGAGAAAGAUAUGUUGCUGAGGUUUUUCGACGACGUGCAUCCCGCCAUCCCUCUGUUCCAGAAAAGCAGGUUUCUUAAAUCGUACGACGAAGGCGCAGCUUUUUAUGAUCUAGUCGUAAUCAUCAAUGCAAUCACGGCCAAGCUAAUAGGACCAGUUGGCUUUUGGCCUCCUGAGGAUGUAGACCUAUGUCUGAACUCACUACUAGAGGCGACUGCUUGCGAGAGCGAUUCGCUGAGUUCCCGUGUCAGUCUGGAUCACCUUAGACAAGAAUGCCUAUUGGCCUACUAUAACUUUCACCGGUUUCCCGAGCCACCAGCAGGGAUGAGGAUAAGUCGAUUAACGCGAAAGGCUUAUACCUUGGGGCUCAAUCAAAUUGAGAACCCUGACUUAUGUUCGGCCUUUGAUCAAGAGCUUGUAACAGAAGACGAAAUCGAAGAUUGGAGAUACGUAUGGUGGUGUGUCUACCGUCUUGAUUCGUACUCGAACAUUGCUUUUGGUACCCCUUUCAUAGUCGAUGGGGAAAGCAUAAAUAGCGCUCUUAUCAGAAGGUCAUUAUACGAUGAAAUAGUCCCAAGCUCACCGAAACUAUUUCUGACGGACGAUAUAGACCAGCUCUGGAGAACUUUACAAGACGUGGUAUCAAAUUAUUGCGGGAGAGAAUUGAACAUUCACAUUCUUACCACCGCGAUGUUGCGCCACGCUGGAAAUGUUCUGACGCUUAAAGCUACGAGGAAAUGUGUUGACUCCAAGACGGUUAUUUUAGGGGAUGCAGUCACUUCAGUUCUCCUUGCCCUACCCUCUGGAUAUCUUAAUCCGAAGCGCAACGUACUAGCAGCAGAAUCCGACAUUCAUCAUUGCAUUCGGGUAACUAACAUAUUACAUCUGCACUUUACACGUCUUAUUGCUUGCUCACCCUCAAAUCUUUACACCGAUGAGGCCCAAUGGUUCGACUGCUGGCAACAGAGUCUUGAAAUUUGCCGAGAUAUCGUCUCAGUUAUCGACGAAUGGACUGACCAGUUCUGGACCCGUGUCGAUCCUGCACUCUGUCUCAUCGUAUUCAAGGCUCUUUGGGUCACGAACCUUCAUCGUAGAUCUGCUACUAACGGAGAGCCGGCGCUAAUAUCUGCUCUGGCUUUUGCUGAAAGUACUCUAGUACUAUUCUUAGAGAAAUUUUCCAAGAUAUGGACACUACCUAAAACUCUACUUCAGCUGUUCAGAAACUCAACAAGCAAUGACUUGUUAACAUAUGAUGAUAUUAAUCGAUUUAUAAAUCGGUUCAAAAUGCCCCUUCAUCCGAAAACUCAUGUGAGAUCGUACCCCAUUAGAUAA